AUGUUCAAAUCACCGGCGAACGAAAGUACUGGAGAUGAUACAACUGCACUCAAGACGUUUAUGAAAAGAUUGAAAAGCGGUGGUCCGAGUACGCUUCCUUGGGAAUGUGUGGAUUUCCAAGCAGACGUGAAAGAACGAUUGAAAAUCAGUGCCACCGGUUACUGUCGAAUGAAUUGCAGAACAAAAGCUUUGCCGAACAUCACAAGUAAUAGCAAUGCCAACGCAUUGGACAUGAACGGUGUUACUGAUGAUUGCCACCCGAAACAAAUCCCUGCAUCCUGCACUUCAAAUACGAGCAGUGCUGCCAGUCAGCUGCAAAGACAAAAGCACACCUGCGACAUCUGUGAUCGAAAGUUCAAUCGGAAAAGUUUCCUUACCCGGCACAGGAGCCUGCACAAGGACGACUCGCCACAGUUCGGGUGCGAUACGUGCGGCAAAACGGUCAGCUCAAGCACCAAACUACAAAAACAUAAAUAUUUGCGACACAGAUUGGAAAGAACGCUCAAAUGUGAAGUGUGCGGCGCGAGCUUUCACUUUAGCUCACAGCUAAAAAUGCACCAACAGAUGCACAGCUCGGGCCGGAGUCGCGACUACAGAUGCGAAGUUUGCGGGAAAGAUUUUUACCUAAAAUCUGCCCUAACGUCCCACCUGCGAUCGCACAGCACGGAUAAUCCCCACGAGUGUCCGGUCUGCGGAAAACGGUUCUGUCAACAGUCCGGAUUAGCGGUUCAUAUGCGUUGCCAUAGCGACGAGCGACCAUGGGAGUGCGACGUCUGUGGUUUGUCGUACAAAUCGGCUAGCAAUUUGCAGGAGCAUAGGAAAAUCCAUACAUCCGUUGCCGCCGUUGGCGGUCCGAAACCGUUGCACCGACAUCACCGGUGUAGCUUGUGUGAUGCCGUAUACACGCGGAGCAGUAGCCUCAGUCGGCAUAGAAGAACCCACAUCGAUGGUGGAUCCAAAUUUUACAAGUGUGACGUGUGCGAUAUGGAAUUUACGCGAAACACUAGUCUUACGCGUCAUAAGACAAGUGUGAACCACUACCACUCGCACACUGAUCCUACUGAUGGCAGUCGGUCAAAACACAUUUGCGAUAUUUGCGGAAAUGGAUAUAAGGAAAAACAGUACCUUACGAGGCAUAGGAAAAUUCACACCACAACGCAAUCUUUCGAGUGUGACAUAUGUGGUAAAAUUUGUAAGACGCCCAGAACACUGCAGGAUCAUAAAAUUAUAAAACACACAUCGGCAAAGAAAUUCGCAUGUGACUUAUGCGGCAAUGCUUUUCCUGUGAAAGAUCACCUAACGAGGCACCUGAAGCAGCACAGCUCGGAACGCCGGCAUCGGUGUUCGGCUUGUGGAAAACGCUUCCACCUUGGACAAACGCUUGCGCAGCAUAUGCAGAGUCACAGUGAUGAGCGACCGUUCGCAUGCGACAUCUGCAACGCAUCCUACAGAUCAUCCAGUGGCCUGUACUAUCACCGGAAAACGCACAUGUCCGUCGUCAGUAAAAAACCACCAACCAACAAUUGGAAACACGCUUGUGAUAUCUGUGACCGGAAAUUCGUCACCAACUCUGUUCUCACGUGUCAUCUGAGAACUCACACCGGAGAGCGACCGUUCGAGUGUGACGUAUGUCACAAAACUUUCAUUCAACCGACCCAAAUGAAGUAUCACAAAAUCUUGAAGCACACGCAGGAAAAGAAUUUUAGAUGUCCGGAAUGUGGUAAAACGUUUCACUUGAAAGUACAAUUAACACAGCAUCUGAAAAAGCAUAACCCCGCAAGCAUAAAGCGUAAAGAUACGGUCAUCGGGCAUAUGCAUUGA